CCCUUUCGCAACCAGCCAGCCAGUUGUACUACCAAUUGCUAUCUCCCAGAAUCCAGUCACUGCAACAUGUCCCAUCUUCGAGUUGCGGAGUUAUUCUCCGUCGAGGGCCUAGUGGCCGUCAUCACGGGGGGUGGUAGUGGUGAGUCCCCUCCAGCUCCUCCGCAUGUGCCCCUAGGAAGGAUGUGUCUAGGACGUUGCCACUCACCGGUGCUAUUCUCCUUCUCCUGCUAGGAUUGGGCCGGAUCAUGGCUCUCACGCUUGCCGAGAACGGCGCAUCCAAGGUCUUCAUCAUCGGUCGCCGCUCAGAGGCCCUGCAGGAGACGGCGGCCCAGAGCUCCAAGCCGGAGGCCAUCGUCCCCAUCCAGGCCGACAUCUCGUCCAAGGAGUCCCUCCAGGGGGCCUACGAGGCCAUUGCCGCGCAGACGGGUCAUGUUGAUCUGCUGAUCGCGAACAGCGGGAUCAUGGGUCCGGUGAACCGCCCGCCCGGGCCCAAGCCGGACGGAUCAGCUCCCAGCCUAUCCGAGGUGCGCGACCAGCUGUGGUCCGCGUCCAUGGAGGAGUUCUCGAAGGUGUUCGAGGUCAACGUCACGGGCGCCUAUUUUACAGUCCUCGCUUUCCUGCCGCUGCUGGAGGCGGCCAACCAGCGCCGCCCGGCGCCGCAGAAGAACAAGGCGUCGGCCCCAACCGCCCAGGUCAUCAUCACCAGCUCGAUCGCGGGCUUCAACCGUCGGGUGCCGUUCAGCGUCGCCUACAACCUCUCCAAGGCGUCGACGAACCAGCUGAUCAAGGUCCUCGCCACCACGCUAUCGUCGUACGACAUCCGGGUGAAUGGCAUUGCGCCGGGACUGUAUCUCUCGGAGAUGUCGACCAAGAACUUCCAGGACGGCGACAAGGGAAUCUCCGACGGCUCUUUCCCCCGCGACAUGAUCCCCCUUACACGUGCAGGCAGCGAACAGGAUAUGGCCAGUUUGAUUCUGUGGAUGGCCGGCCCGUCAGGCGCAUAUCUCAACGGCAACAUCACGAUAACCGACGGAGGCAGAGUGAGCGCGGUUCCAUGCACAUAUUAGUAGUAGGGGAGAGGCGGCUAUUGCACAUAGACGAAGACUUUCGCGUAGAUACUAUGAGAUGAAAUGCUAGAUCUUAGAAAUAGAAUGAAUGCCAAGCGAGCUCUCGAAUACAAGCCCUCA